AUGGCCCCCGCGACCGACCCCUACACCAAGGCCAGCUUUGGCCUCAAUUCCGGCAACACCAUCCCUGCCGUCGGCCUUGGUACCUGGCAGUCCGCUGACUCUCAGACGCGCGAAGCCGUCAAGCACGCUCUCCAGAAUGGCUACCGUCACAUCGACACGGCUCUGAACUACGGCAACGAGAAGGAGGUCGGCGAGGGCAUCAGGGCCUCGGGUGUUCCCCGCGAAGACAUCUGGGUCACCACCAAGCUGGACAAUCCCUGGCAUCACCGUGCCCGCCAAGGUCUCGAGUCGUCUCUCAGCGACCUCGGCAUUGGCUACGUCGACCUGUUCCUCAUCCAUUUCCCGUGCUCCACCGACCCCAACGAUAGCUCCAGGCAUCUGCCUGACUGGGAUUAUGUCAAGACAUGGCAGGAGAUGCAGAAGCUGCUCGACGCGGGCAAGGUGAGGAACAUUGGCGUCUCCAACUUUCAGAUACGCCACCUCGAGAAGCUUCUUGGCGACCCUUCUUGCAAAAUUAUCCCAGCCGUCAACCAGCUCGAGCUGCAUCCCUAUAACCCAUCGCGACUGCUCGACUACUGCAAUUCCAAGGGAAUUCAUUGCACCGCCUACUCGUGUCUGGGCGGGCACACCAAGUCCCCGUGGAACAACCACCUUGACCUUGUCGAGAACCCCACGGUACUCAAGGUUGCCGAACAAAGGAAUAAAACGCCGGCACAGAUACUGCUGAAAUGGGGCUUGCAGCGAGGGACCAGUGUCAUCCCGAAGAGCGUCACCCCCGCACGCAUCGACUCCAACUUCGAUUUGGAUGGGUGGUCUCUGACGGACGAGGAGCACGCCGAGAUAAGCGGCAUCAAGACGCGGGCCAAGGUGGUUGGCGACAGCUGGAUGCCAAUCAAGGUCUUUUUCGGGGACGACGAGUAG